AUGACCGGGUCCACUUCAAGGGAGAGACUCUGGGAGGUGUUUCGGAAAGCCUGCGCUUUGGGGGGCGCAUCGUUGCUGGGGGGCGGGGGGCGGGUGCUUCUGGGGGAGGGAGCUUGCGGGAGGUUAGGGUCCACCUGGAACGGGAUGAUAAAGUUAAGGACCCGGCGUAUCGACUUCGCCUCGCCUCCCCCACCGCCUGCCCUCCUCCGCCGAGAUGCGGGCGGCUCAGACUUUUUACAGAAGUAG